AUGAUAACAACUACGAUAGUCAUAUUUUCAUUAUUUUGCACGACUGUUGGUCUUAAUAAUGGGCUUGGGCGCACACCACAAAUGGGAUGGAAUACAUGGUACACUUUUCGUUGUUCAUACACCAGUGAUACCCUUAUAAACACUGUCGAUGCUCUUGGAACCACCGGUCUUGCUGCUGUCGGGUACACCUGUGUGCUUCUUGAUGAUUGUUGGCAGUCAAGUCGUGAUUCAGAUAAUAUCAUUCAACCAGAUCCAAAGGUGUUUCCCCGGGGAAUAGAACGUGUCAUCGACUACAUUCAUUAUAAAGGUCUGAAAUUUGGCUUGUACUCAGACGCUGGCCACAAAACAUGUGCGGGUCGUCCAGGUUCACUUGGCUUUGAAACAACUGAUGCCAAGACUUAUGCUCAAUGGCAAGUUGAUUUUCUUAAAUAUGAUAAUUGUUAUGAUGAUAAAACUCCGCCUGAAAAACGUUACCCAGUGAUGAGAGAUGCAUUAAAUGCUACUGGGCGUCCAAUAUUUUUUAGUAUGUGUGAAUGGGGCGUUGAUAAACCAGCUUUGUGGGCUUCUACAGUCGGAAAUAGUUGGAGGACAACAAAAGAUAUUAGUGAUAAAUGGGAAACAAUCCUGAAUGCGAUUGAUAUAAAUGAUGAAUUUGCAGAAUGGGCCGGUCCUGGCGGGUGGAAUGAUCCAGAUAUUUUACAAGUGGGUAGAGGAGGAAUGACAACAACAGAAUAUACGUCUCAUUUUAGUCUUUGGGCUAUUAGCAAGGCGCCAUUAAUCAUUAGUGCUGAUAUUACAAACAUCACUAACGAUACAUUAAGGAUACUUAGUAACCUAGAAGUGAUUGCUGUGAAUCAAGACCCGCUUGGUGUACAAGGCAAGAAAGUUGCAGCAUACUCAUCUAAUCACUUAAGUACUAAGACGAAUGUUCGGAUGAGGAGAUGCACAAAGAAUGGUCAAACACAACGUUGGAUAUACAGAAGUUGGGAUAAUACAGUUCGAAGUGCUGUUAAUGGGCGAUGCAUAACAGUAUCGGACACCGAUAAUGCUCUCUUUGUUCACUCCUGUCAAAUCGGUGUAGAACGUCAGCAAUGGCAUUUAAAUUUAGAAGCGAAGACAUUAGUUUCGUUAGGUUCCGAAACUUCGUUUUCUGUCAAAUUUGAAAUUGCGCAGGAAUUAUUCACUAUCCACAACAAUCACAAUGAUGAAAAAUGUCUUACAGUGGAGCAAGAACUCGAGGUUUGGAGUGGUCCUCUAACAGAUGGUUCAAUUGCCGUUCUACUGUUAAACCGAGGUCCAGACAAUGAAUCGAUCACGGUGAAAUGGAUUGAUAUUGGAAUACCAGAACAAUACAAUGCAACAGUUAGAGAUCUUUGGCAACACGCUGAUUUAGGAGUCUUCAACCAGUCUUAUACGGCCCCUGUCGUCGAUUCGCAUGGUGUCAUUAUGCUCAGAGUAACCGUCAAAACUACCUAA